AUGGAGAAGCAACGUGAAUACCAGGACUUUAUCUUUUUUGCGAACAUAAUGUCUAAGACAUUGGGAUACGACUUUCUGGACUCGGCCAGUCUAUCGUGGCAAAAGGUUCUCCUACGCUGCUACUUUUUCCUAUGCAUUGCCUGCAACUGCUAUGAGGCCUCUUUCGUGGCUCUCAGGAUUAUUCAGUGGGAGUCUGUGGCCGGGAGUCCAUCCAAGAUCAUGCGCCAGGCAAUACACUUCUACUACAUGCUCAGUGCAGAAGUGAAGUUUGUCACACUCAUAAUCUACCGCAAACGGCUUUGUACGUUAAUCCUAGGUUUGCAGGAGUUGUAUCCUACGGACGAUUCGCUUCGGAGGGAGUACGAGGUUAACAGAUACCAUCUUCCCCGAACGACGCGAUAUGUGUUGUACUUUUACUACUUCGUGAUGGCUCUGAUGGCAUUAGGGCCUCUUCUUCAGUCGUUCACAAUGUAUAUUCUACAGGGGAACGAUGCACAGUUUCUCUUUCUUCGAAUCUUUCCAACGCGGCUCAGUUUCCGCGUGGAUACUCCCCUAGGCUAUGCUGUAGCCUAUAUCAUGGACUUUACCUACAGCCAGUUCAUUGUCAACGUCAGUUUGGGCACAGAUCUCUGGAUGAUGUGUGUCUCGAGCCAGAUCUGCAUGCACUUUGGAUAUCUGGCCAAGAAGCUGGCCGCAUACCUUCCAAGUCGAGAACGAGAACGAGCGGAUUGUGAGUUCUUGUGCAGCUUCGUGCAGAAACAUCAGCAGAUCCUCAGCUUGCACAAGGAGGUGAAUCAGGUUUUUGGCCUUCUCUUGGCCUCCAAUCUUUUUACCACAGCCAGUCUGCUCUGCUGCAUGGCCUUUUACACCGUUGUCCAGGGUCUGAAUGCGGCGGGAAUCUCCUACAUGAUGCUCUUCGCCAGCGUUGCUGCCCAGUUCUGUAUGGUCAGCUCCUAUGGGCAGCGGCUUAUCGACUUGAGUUUCAGCAUUUACAUGGCUGCCUAUCUUCAGAAUUGGUAUGAUAGAUCCAUACGGUAUAAGAAAGACCUCCUCCUUAUUAUGGCUCGCGCCCAGCGUCCAGCGGAGAUAUCUGCAAAGGGAAUUAUCGUUAUAUCCCUCGACAACUUUAAGAUCCUGAUGAGCAUCACCUAUCGAUUCUUUGCGGUUAUUCGCCAAACUGUGGGAAGUGAUCUGUUUCGAGAAUAA